AUGCCUCUCCUUGAUCUACCAAACGAGAUUCUGCUCACCAUAGCAGAACCCCUGGGCUCCCAGAAAGACAUUAACGCGCUGGCCCAGACAAAUCGUCACUUCUACAGUCUCUUUAAUCCAUUUCUCUACGCGCACAACGUCAAAUACCACAGAGGAUACGCACUUGAAUGGGCAGCAGCCCGCGGAGUGCUAGAGUCAGUCAAAGAAUCCAUCCGACAAGGAGCACAGAUCCAUCUCGGGUACUCGAGUCAAGCCUUGCUCAAUGCAGCAAACUAUGGCCAUGCCAAGAUUGCAGCUUAUCUGAUCUCCCUUGGAGCAAAUCCUCACUCAGAGGAAAGAGGAGUUAUCAGCCGGACCCCAAUUGAAUGGGCUAUCCUCCACAACCACUCAAAAGUGGUCAAACUCCUGAUCGAGAAUGGGGUUCAUCCAAACACAAAGGACAAGAACGGACAGUCGCUGUUGCAUCUUGCCGCCAAGUUCUCCCCAAGGAACCACGAGGCAGUGACCCGGAUCCUCAUCGCCAAAGGCGCAAACAUUGAAGCUGAGAACCUUCUCGUGGAGACUCCACUACGCGUGGCAUGUGCAUCUGGCUCGUUGGAAGUGGCACUAUGCCUGAUAGAAAACGGCGCUGAGAUCAACCACAGGGACCAAAACAACAAUGGAACACUACUACAUCUAGCAGCCCUCAAAAACAAAGUCCAAAUCGCCAAGAUGCUACUGGAAAAGGGAGCCUCGAUCGAAGCGAAAGAUUCCUACGGCUGUACACCACUCCAUAUCGCCUGCUUCAACGGCCACAAACAAACAGCCCUGUUCCUACUCGACAAAGGCGCAAACAUAGAAGCACAGUCAAUAAACGGGAGCAGACCGUUACACCUAGCCACGAUCUGGGAGACUCGGAUUGAUCGAAUUGAGGAACUGCUUCGAAUCACCACACUCCUGCUAGCACGAGGAGCAGACCCAGAGCCGAAAAACCUCCGUGGAAUUACGCCCUUGCAUUGUGCAAUGAAGAAGGAUAAUGCGGCUCUAUGCAAGAUCCUACUCGACUACGAUAUUGAUCCGGCACCAAGAGACAAUCGCGGGCGUACGCCGCUUCACUGUCUACCGGGCAGUUAUUGUGCAGAAACGGCUAGGCUUUUGUUGGAACGGGGUGCUGAUGUACAGCCCCAAGAUAUGAAUGGUGAUACGCCUCUGCAUAUGGGUGCCAGCAAGCCAGUGCCGGAAUUUGUUGAGCAGUUGCUAGCUGCCGGUGCUGACCCUCAUAUCAUGAACAAUCAAAAUAAUACUCCGAUUGAUCUGAAGAUGGGGUGGACGAACCACCAAUGGCCGACGGGCCUAUGGCCGAAAAUGAGCGGCGAGAUUCACGACAUUCUCUUGGGUGCAGCAUCCAACUCAUGA